AUGGUGAUCUUGAGUUUAGCAAUCUUGUAUAGUUGUAGAAAGAAUAAAAGAUCCCAUAUGAAAAUACCAGAUGAAGUUGUGCAAACCAUUGACGAAGAGUAUAACAUGGAGAGUCGAGAGGGCGAUACAGAGUUAUCGUCUUUUAGCCUGACUGAGAUAUCCAAAUCUACUAAUGCUUUUGCGAAUGACAAGAAAAUUGGAGAAGGUGGCUUUGGUCAGGUUUUCCAGGGUGUGUUGGAUGAUGGACGAGAAAUAGCUGUGAAAAGGUUAUCCCAAACUUCAAGACAAGGUCUUGGCGAGUUCAAAAAUGAAGUUAAAUUCAUAGCUAAACUUCAACAUCGAAAUCUUGUAAAGCUUUUUGGAUACUGCAUACAAGGAGAUGAAAAUAUGUUGGUCUAUGAAUACAUGCCUAACAGAAGUCUGGACUUAUUCAUAUUUGAGUUCAGUACUAGAUUGGUCAGAUGGUUUUGCAUCAUUCAUGGCAUUGCUCGAGGACUCCUCUAUCUUCAUCAAGAUUCACGAUUUAAAAUUGUUCAUCGAGAUCUCAAAGCGAGCAAUAUUUUGCUGGAUGUUGACAUGAACCCAAAGAUAUCAGACUUUGGUCUAGCAAGGCUGUUUAAAGAACAUGAAAACGAAGAGAAUACAAAUAACAUAGUUGGAACUUUGGGUUACUUGUCACCAGAGUAUGCUGUAGAUGGGACUUUCUCGGAAAAAUCAGAUGUCUACAGUUUUGGAGUUCUUGUGCUGGAAAUAGUGAGUGGGAAGAAAAAUAGGGGAUUCUUUCAUGAAAAGGACAGUGAUAAUCUUCUUGCACAUGCAUGGAGACUUUUUGAAAAAGGUAUGGCUGAGGAGCUGCUUGGUGCGGAUAUCCGUGAUUCAUGUGUCCCCUCGGAAGUACUUCGGUCGAUACAUCUUGGUCUUUUAUGCGUACAACAUUACGCAAAAGACAGACCAAAUAUGUCAAAUGUGGUUUUGAUGUUUGAUAAAGAAGGUACAUUGCCUGAACCUAAACAACCUGCAUUUUUUGUCGAAGGAAGUGUACCUCAGACUAAUCUAGUAUCUGUCAAUGACAUCACAUUGACAACACUAGAACCUCGCUAA